UGUCAUUGGUACAGCCAGGUGGGACUUCUCACUUCUGUACAAUGUGAAAUUUGAUUUGACGUUAAAAGCAUUUCAUUUCCCUAAAUGUCAGACCUGGAACAUCUGACAACUGAGUUUGUUUGUCUCUGAUGGUGUAACACAGUGAGACAUCACUGUUUCUUUUUCAUAUCUGUGAAAGUGAAAAUCAGUGAGAAGAUGAUGGAGGAAGAGAGAGAAAACCGAGGGAAGAGGAAAUCAUCUUCAUCGUUCACCUCAGUGAUGGAAUAAUAUAGAGAAAGAGAAGAACGAGGAGAACGAGGACGAGGAGAAGGAAGCCACCAGGAGACCAGGUGUCCUCGCACUGAUGACGGUGAUGCUAAAGACGAGGUUGAGGAGUCGGGAGUAGGACUCAGAGAGGAGGACAGCCUUAAACACCGCACGCCGUCGUCUCCGGUCAUCCAUGUGCGUGGGCUCUCUAGUACCACGGUGGAGGCCGACUUGGUGGAGGCGCUCAGCAAGUUUGGCAGCAUCUGCGACGUCAUGAUGAUGCCGUUUAAGAAUCAGGCUCUGGUGGAGUUCGACAGCCUUGAGAGCGCAGAGCGCUGCGUGGCGUAUGGGACUUCCGGUGUUGUGCAUGUGGCUGAGCAGCAGGUGUUCUUCAAUUUCUCCACCAGCAGGAGAAUCAGCAGAACGAAAUACAGUCAAGAUCCUGUUGGCAGAAACAAAGUCCUGCUGCUGUCGGUCCAAAACCCGCUCUACCCCAUCACCACUGACAUCUUGUUCAUGGCCUGCAACCCAAUCAGUCCAGUCCAGCGCAUUGUCAUCUUUAAGCGACACGGCAUCAUGGCCAUGGUGGAAUUUAUGUCAGUGUCGGACGCUCGUAAAGUCAAACUGGCCUUAAACGGAGCCGAAAUCUAUACUGGCUGCUGCAGGCUGAGCAUCCAGUACGCCAAGCCCAAAAGGUUGAAUGUCUUCUGCAAUGACCACAGCAGCUGGGAUUACACCAGACAGAGAGAGCAGGGAACGUGGACCCCACAUCAGUCCAUCCUAGGAGAUGAUCCAUCUCAUGUGUAUGGUCCACGCUGCUGCCCCCUGCUGCCUGUGCCCUAUGACAACAGAUAUAGCAGUGGUGAGGAGGUGCAGAACUCUUCCUCUGUCGUCAUGGUGGGCGGUCUCCAUCCCAUCAAAAUGAACUGCAGCCGCAUCUUUAACCUUCUCUGUGUUUAUGGCAAUGUGGGCAAGGUGAAGUUUCUGAAAAGUGUUCCCUGCACUGUGCUGGUGGAGAUGGGGGACAGGUACGCUGUGGACCGAGCUGUGACUCAUCUCAACGACAUCAAGGUGUUUGGCAACAAACUAAAUGUCUGUUGGUCCAAACAGCAGGUGGUCAUUCCCACUCAGGUGUUCUCGCUUGAUGAUGGCAGCAGAAGCUACCAGGACUUUAGUCUGAGUAGAAACAAUCGCUUUAGUGAUCAACGUGCCAACUACAACGUCAUCCAACCGCCCAGCGCUAUCCUGCAUUUUUACAAUGCCCCGCCCACCUUUAGUCAACAACAGCUGCACCAGCUCUGUGAGGAGAACAGUGUUCCAUCUUUUAUUCGGUUCAAAGUCUUUAAGUCCAAAGCCUCAUCAGUGACCCCUCAGACCCAGUCAGGACUGUUAGAGUUUGACACCAGAAAUGCAGCAGCGGAGACUCUGAUCGUCCUGAAUAAUCACAGGAUCACAGUAAAGAACAGUUCCGCUCAAUUCACCCUCAAACUCUGCUUCUCCACCUCCACUCAUCUCUGAUCCGAAGACAAAAUAGCCUUCAUAGGAACACCGCAGACGUGUGACUGACAGAUUGGAUUUGAGCCAAAUACAGGAAGUAAUUUUUUUUUUGAAUGAUGUCAGAGAUUUAAAUAAAUUAAAGUGUUUUCUUUUUAGAAGCACAAUGUUCACUGUGUUAGACAGACUUUUUUUUUUCAACCAGAAUUAAAAUUUGUUAGUAGCCCAGCCCCAGAAAACAUUUUAUGUAGAUUUUACAUAUUUUGUAUUUUUAUUUAAUAUUUGGCAACAACUUCAGUAAAAUAACAUUUAAUUGACCAUAAGACUAUAAUGAACUAUGAAUACUUGGAAAUUAAAGAUGGUGUGAUGG